AUGGCGGGUCCCACUGCUGAUGUUUCUGUUGUUAUGAGUUUUCUAAAAGGAUCCAUCUUCUCACGAUUUGGCAUUCCAAGAGUGAUCAUCAGUGAUGGAGGGAUGAACUUCAUCAACAGAGCAUUUCACAAGCUUAUGGCUAAAUAUCACAUCCAUCAUAGAGUUCCUACACCUUACCAUCCUCAGAACAGUGGCCAAGUUGAGGUUUCUAACAGAGAGAUCAAGAAAAUCUUAGAGAAAACAGUCAGUGCUUCAAGGAAGGAUUGGUCUCUACAGCUAAACGAUGCAUUCUAG